UAUAUCAAGAUGGGCAGAGCAAUAGUGGUGUGGUUGAUGGCAGCUUCGCUUGGCUUCUGCAAUAUAGUGAUCGGCGCUCCUCCGGCCGCUCUCACCCGAGCUAUGCCGAGGAGAGGAGCUGACAGCUGCAGGCCGCUCGUGAUCGCCCACCGCGGCGCCAGCGGCUACGUGCCGGAGCACACGCUGGGCGCCUACGCCCUCGCCAUCACCAUGGGCGCGGACUACGUCGAGCCUGACCUCGUGAUGACCGCCGACGGACACCUCAUCGCCCGACACGACAACGAGCUUGGCCUUACCACGGACGUCGCGCAGCGCCCAGAAUUCGCUGAUCGCUUAAGAACACAAAUUGUCGACGGCCGACAAAUGACCGGUUGGUUCACUGAAGAUUUCACCCUCGCCGAAAUAAAAACGCUGCGAGCUAUUGAACGCAUACCAAACUCGAGGCCUGGCAAUGCAAGAAUGAAUGGCGCUUUUGACAUUCCUACGUUCCAAGAAAUUAUAGAUCUUGUAAAAAGUAUGGAAAUAAGCGAAGGACGUACCAUAGGCAUUUAUCCGGAAAUCAAACACGGUACUCACUUCCAAAAUUUAGGAUUGGCCAUGGAGCGACCGCUUGUUGACGCAUUUCACAGAAAUGGAUACAUCGGACCUCUAGCUCCGGCUUACAUUCAAUCGUUCGAAGUAAAUAAUUUGAAGGAGCUUAAGGAGCUGACGGAUCUUCGUUUAAUACAGUUGUACGGCGGUAACCCGGCAAACCAGCCGUUCGAUCAAUUCGUUACUGGCACAAAACUGACAUACGCCGAAAUGGCAACACCAGAAGGGCUCAGAGAAAUUGCAAAGUAUGCGCACGCCGUGGGACCGGAUAAGAGCUAUAUUAUACCUCGUAAAGUGGACAAUACAUUGGGCAAACCCACUAACUUUGUGAAAGAUGCUCACGCAGCGGGUUUGGAAGUACACCCGUACACUUUCCGUGCUGAGAACUCUUUCUUGCCUGCGGAAUAUCGGAGCGAAAGCCUAUCAGGGGCGGCCAUUGGGAAUUUUACCGGAGAAUUAAUAACUUUUAUUGCGACCGGCAUUGAUGGACUGUUCGCUGACCAACCGGAUGUUCCGUUACGUAUCAGAGAUAUAUGUUUGGAAAACAAGCUAUAGUAGGCUGUUAUAAAAAAAGCUUUAGUAGGCUUAAAUUGUAAUAUUUUUUAUAGAUGGCAUAACUUUGUACUUGGCCUUAUAUAGUUUUCUAGAAUCCUAAGAUUAUAUUCUGUUUACCUUUUAAAAACGACCAUCAAAAAUAUUACAUAGGAUUUAUUUCCAUAUUCUUGUCUAGUUUAUUCAAGUGUUUUUAUCGCGUGGUGUAGAUAUGCCCUUAAUGAAGUGUUAGACACGUUCUCAUUCAAGGCAACUGACAUUACAUUGAAAAGAUAACUAAACCGAUAUUUUCCGUCGCCUGAAAAGUGUAA